GCCAAGUGAUCUCGUUUCCAUCUCAUUCAUUGUCUACCACCGUGCACGACCCUUGAGCCCUAGAUAUGGCUCUUCCCAAGCGGAUCAUCAAGGAAACUGAGCGUCUCGUCGCAGACCCCGCGCCUGGAAUCACUGCUGCACCGCACGAGGACAACCUGCGUUACUUUGACGUAACGAUUCAAGGGCCUGAUGGCAGUCCCUUCCAACAGGGUGUGUUUCACCUGGAAUUAUUCCUGCCAGAGGAAUAUCCCAUGAGUCCCCCAAAGGUGCGAUUUCUCACAAAGAUAUACCACCCAAACAUCGAUAAACUGGGUAGAAUCUGUUUAGAUAUUUUGAAAGACAAGUGGUCCCCUGCAUUGCAAAUUCGGACAGUCUUGUUGUCGAUACAAGCUUUGCUGAGUGCGCCCAAUCCCGAUGACCCACUGGCUACCGAUGUCGCCAAGCACUACAAGGAGGAUGAGAAGGACGCACAAAGAGUGAGCAGGGAAUGGACGGAGAAGUAUGCAUCCAAGUGAUAAUAAGGUGGAAUAUCUGGAAAUUAUUGAGAGUCUGGAGGGAGGAGAGUUGUAAGCUGAGUAUAGCAAAGCAUGAACCCUGGCAGUUAAUUUGUACAUGAAGUGAGGACUUCAACCUUUGGCUUCUAAUUCUGAUUCGGCGUGGAUGCGGGGUUUGUGCACUAGAUCAAAUUAGACGUGGCCUCUAGGAAAGGGGACUUGAUGUGGUCAUCCCAUUCAUUCAUAUUUUCGUAAGUCGCUCGUAAGGGCAGCACAAUUUGUAUUUGUCCAACGAAUAGUUUGGGCCGAAAUUGUUGGUCUAGAUCGCGAAGUCUCGGCUAAGUCUAGAGCCUGUGAAUUCGGCACGAUUG